AUGCCUUCCUGCUCCUAUUCCAAGAGUUGUAAAGCUCUCUGUCUGGCUUCUGAGGAGGAUUCGUUGCAUUGCACCGAGUGCAUUCGAAAUAAGCGGGGAAACUGCGAUAUGCAUAGCUUUACUUCUGCACAGAUGCAAAAACUUAUUAUGCAAUAUUCGAAGAUUGAAGCUGAAUUGAAUAUUGCUGAGAAGAAAGCGAUGCUAGCGAAUAUAAAAAUGUUCUGA